GAGGCUGUGCGUGUGCGUAGGAGCGGGCUGCGGCCGGCCCCAGCCGAGCGAUUUCCGCUUCCGGUGUCCUUGUUUCCCGGUGCGAGGUGAAGGGACCAGAGCCAAGAUGCUGCGGAACCUGCUGGCUCUUCGGCAAAUUUCCCAGAGGACCAUAAGCACUGCUUCACGCAGACAAGCUGCGAACAGAGUUCCAGAGAAGCAGAAGCUUUUUCAGGAGGAUAAUGGAAUGCCAGUGCAUCUUAAGGGUGGACUAGCAGACGGUUUGCUGUAUAGAACCACCAUGGCUCUAACAGUUUUUGGAACAUGCUACGCUGUUUAUGAGCUGUUUGUAGCUGCAAUGCCCAAGAAAGUGAAAUGAUUCCAGUUUACAAGAUGCCUCCUUAAUUAACAUCGUUGUCCAAUUUCACGUAAUUCUUCAGGGAUCUUGCUUGUCCUUGUCAUCAAUGGUUGAUUUCAUGUUUGGGAUCAAUAUUUAUUGUAACAUGUUAACUGCAACCAAUAAAGCAGUUUUUACAUGA